AAGUCCUGCAGCAACAAUGGCCACCAUCUGUCAGAUCUGGAGACCCGACCGAGGAAGGAGCCUCAAAGCCUUCGGAAUCAUGACUAUAUUGGUUAUGGAUGUGUUUUUGCAGUCUGUAAAUGGAUACAUGAGUUCUCCUCAUAGUGGCCAGGAGCCUCCGUACACCAGAGACACCCAGCACGGUCCAGUCAUGAGCAGCCCGGUCGUGUCUGCUGAAACCUCAGCUCCACCAGCAGAUAUAGAUAAAUGUCCAAGCGGGGGACUGUGCACUCGUCUUCCAGCCAGCUGUAUUCACUGUAACUACCAACACAACUGCACGUACGGGAAACCAGCCUCCUUCACCUGCAGACCUAAAAAAGCAGUGCACUGUAUUGGUGAGUCUGGUCAACAGCUGGACAACUUUUCUCUCACUGUUACUUGUCAGUUCUGCUGGCAACUGGAUCCCUCCCAGUACCGCUGCUCCAACUCCACCAACUGUAUGACAGUGUCGUGCCCACGCAAGCGCUACAACGCUACCUGUGACGUGCUGGAUCAUGUUCACUGUUUAGGUAAAAGGAGAUUUCAGAAACGUUUAUUUUGCAACUGGACUGGAGGGUACAAGUGGUCAACGGCCUUGGCGCUCAGCAUCACGCUGGGUGGUUUUGGGGCCGACCGGUUCUACCUGGGUCAGUGGAGAGAGGGUCUUGGAAAGCUGUUCAGCUUUGGGGGUCUUGGGAUCUGGACUUUGAUAGAUGUUCUGCUGAUCGCCGUCGGUUAUGUCGGACCAGCGGACGGUUCCUUGUACAUCUAAAAUCCUGGACUUUUUGCGUCUUCUGCUGAGCUUUUUGGAGGACAGACUGAAAGUGUGUUGUUCGCACGUCUGUCUGCCCAUCUUGCUGCACAACACGUACCCAUCCCAUCUGCUAGCGUGCAGGAAGCGCUUUCGACAUCACACCCAGGAUGAGUCGUCUCUUGCAACAUGGGAUCAAUGAUUCUUCUGCUGUAUUUUCUUGAGAUGGAGAGUGUGUGCCGGGAAGUGACGGAGCGCUCAUUACCCCUUCUGCUUGACUCAGCUGUUGGUUCCACUCUGACUGGUUAAUCUAUUAAGACAUACGCGGCCCCCCUGUGGUGCUGAACUCGUCUCCUUCCAGGGAUGUGUCCUCCGUUGGAUGAGUUGGAUUACCAAGAGCCAGGAAUGAUAGAGUCCGUGCCGCCUUCAGAAAGCACCAAUUUUCUUGCUGUUUAGAUGUAAACACCUGUUUAUUUUUGCCAGUAACUCUACACAAGACUCAUAUUUUUUUCACUAGCACUCGUGUUAUUUUUAGUCCUCAGCUGGAGACGGUUUGCUUGUGGUUUCUGUUGAGACUUGUUUCGAGUACAUUGGUCGAUCGGCUGGAUGCUGUUUUUGUGUCAUACUGUAAAGUACUUUUUUAUUUAAUGUAAAUAAAACAAAUAAGAAAAUGUUGCCCUUAAAACUCUUUGGAUCCUACAUGUUGACUUUGACUUUUUUGUACUGAGAAUACAUUAUUUAUUCCCUACACCAAUCUUAGAGUGGCUGAAGUCGUUUCUCUUGUAGUUUCUCCAUUGAGGUUUAACAAACCAAGCGGCACCCCUGUCUCGUGACCAGUUCCGAUUAAAACAGGCAGAAAACACUGUCAAAUCUCUAUAAAUUCAUGUGACUUUACCAACAGUUUUUCAUUCAUUCCCUGCAGAGCCUCUUCUUCGGUUCUCCUGUCUUUUUCAGAAGUCUGUAGCACUACUGCCAUCUUCUCUCCAGUUGAACUCACCGCGCUUAAAAUGUUUUACAUGAAAUGUAUUGAUAAAAUACCUGUAUGGUAGUGAUCGAUAGAUGAGGUAUUUUGUAACAGUAUUGCAGGGUUGAUGA